AUGGGAUCGAACGGCAUUCGCUUUGGCAUUGUUAGUGAACUUGCCCGACAUUUGCCUGUGACAUAUGAAGAGCGCGCACCCAUCUCAUUAUUUGAUGCCCAAGGAGAAGAGCGUAUCAUCCCAGAAGAUACUAUCGAACAGGUGCUUGUCAGUUUUCGCCGAUUCCAAAAAAUCUGUGAGGAAGCGAAUGUGGAGCAGCCUAAUAACGUCAAGGUGAUUGCGACCGAAGCAACGAGAUUGGCAGGCAACGCCCAGGAGUUUCUCAGUCGGAUUUACGAAACAACAGGAUGGACAGUAUAUUUGUUGUCGAAGGAAGAAGAAGCAAUGAUAUCAGCAGCCGGAAUUGUUGGAACCUUUUACAAAGUGGAUGGUUUAACAAUGGAUCUUGGCGGGGGUUCCUUUGAGUUCAGUUACGUGGCAUCGAGCAACUCUAGUGUGCAAGAACAGCAUGAUAGUGAGAGGAACAACAUCAAGGUAUCGGAUACACCAGUGUCACUACCAUAUGGUGCAGCUGCAUUGAAACGAAGGUUGGCGCAAUGCACAUGUCAGGCCGAACGUCAAGCGCUCCAUGAUGAUAUAGUGAUUCAAGUACGAGAAGCGGUGAAGCAAAUAGGGAUUCCAGAGCAUUUGCGAAGUGAAAACCAAGGAUAUACUAUCUAUAUGAGUGGAGGUGGAUUCCGAGCACUGGGAUACUUGUCAAUGGCAAGAAAAAAAGAGUUUUAUCCACUGCCAAUAAUUAGUGGUUAUAGCAUUAAUGGCAAUGAGCUCAAGGAGAUCGCCAAGCGAAAUAAGCACAAAAAGCCUGACAAGGCAGUUAAGCAAUUGCGUGGAUUUCGUAUUUCCAAGCGUCGCGCAGCAAUGAUCCCAGCCGUGUGUUUCCUUGUUUCGGCACUUGUUCAAGUGAUUCCUGUGCGUCAGGUCUUUUUUAGCGAAGGAGGGGUGCGUCAAGGCUUAUGUUAUACAUUGUUAUCAAAGGAAGAGCAGCAAAGGGACCCUCUGCUUUCAAGUGUCCAGGCAUACGUUAAACAGGCUGAAGCAUCAUCUACCGAUCGAGCUCUAUCAAAUGAAGAAUUUGAUGCUAUAUGGAAUCUACUCAAGAGCGCAGUACCUGGCUGUUAUCUCGAUCCAGGGCAUCCCCUCCAACUACAUCGUCUACUGCCAGCUGCGAUUCAUUUAUCUAACAUAACAUCCCAUUAUCCUAAAGACACACGUGCGUUUGUGGCGUUUCAUAUGCCCCUCGCGAGUGGUUCAUUAGCUAACGUGCCUGGCAUCUCUCACAUUGAGCGUGUAAUUCUUGCACUGCUGCUUGCAUAUCGUCAAGGCGGACAAGUACCGGAUCCAACUUUUAGAACAGCUCAGCACAUGGUGGGAUCCCGAGGUACUGCCGUUUGCCGCUUUUUGGGCCGUCUUCUUGAACUUUUGUUUUUGAUCUCACCGCUAUCUCCAGGCAGUGGAGUAAUCGAAAGUGGAAUACAAUUCUCUACAGAAUGUACAAGCAAUAAUAGUGCAUCUUGUACUCAUGAUGAUAGUAACAACAAGUUUUACCCCAACACACAUCUCAGGAUCCAUCUCCAACCCAGCACACAUGACUGCCCAAUGGUCGAGGCUCCUUCUGUUCUAUCCAUCAUUGAAGGAAUGGAGCAACGUAUCAACCCAAAAUUCGAUAUGGAUGAAGAACAGCGUGCUACGCUUACAAAUCUCUUUUCGGUCUCUGUCGUUCGUCUGCCAUGA